UAGUUUAUUCGAGGUGGAUUUGGAGCCUCGGCUGACAGCACGCAUGCACAGAAGAAGGAAAUGUAAACAAGUGUGCCUUUCAGCAACUGUGCUGUUGAAUAAAGCAUUAGAGUUGUUGGAUGCUUCCGACGGUAUGGCUACGAGUUUCGCACCGCCGAAGCUCGCUGACUUCAUUCUCACCGAGAAACUCGGGAGUGGUACCUACGCGACUGUUUAUAAAGCGUACAGGAAGAUGGACAGUCGCGAGGUGGUGGCCGUAAAGGUGGUCUCGAAGAAGAGUCUGAACAAGAGCUCAAUGGAAAACCUGCUCACGGAGAUUGAGAUCCUGAAAACCGUUCGCCAUCCCCACAUAGUCCAGUUGAAAGACUUUCAGUGGGACAACGAGAACAUCUACUUGAUUCUGGAGUGGUGCUCUGGUGGUGACCUGUCGCGUUUCAUCCGAAGCCGACGCAUCUUACCAGAGAGAGUGGCACGUCGGUUCCUGCAGCAAAUAGCGUGUGCUCUGCAGUUUCUGAAUGAACGGAAUAUCUCUCACCUGGACCUCAAGCCACAGAACAUCCUACUGAGUGGCAGUGUUCUUAAACUGGCAGACUUUGGCUUUGCCCAGUACAUGUCUCCGUGGGAUGAGCAGAGUGCUCUGCGGGGUUCUCCGCUCUACAUGGCUCCGGAGAUGGUGUGCAGGAGGCAGUAUGACGCCCGCGUGGACCUGUGGUCAGUGGGGGUCAUCCUGUACGAGGCCUUAUUUGGGCAACCGCCAUUUGCGUCCCGCUCUUAUGCUGAAUUGGAAGAGAAAAUACGCAGUGACAGGCCCAUUGAGUUACCUGUCAGUGCGCGAGUAUCCAGAGACUGCAGAGACCUGCUGCCGAGGCUGCUGGAGAGAGACCCUGGCACUCGCAUCACCUUUCCCCAGUUCUUCAGUCACGCCUUUGUGGACCUGGAGCACAUGCCCAGCAGUGAGAGCCUGGGGAAGGCGAAAGCGCUGGUGCUUCAGGCUGUGCAGAAAGACCAGACAGGAGAGCGAGCAGCAGCUCUGUCUCUCUACUGCAGCGCGCUUGAGUAUUUUGUCCCCGCCAUCCACUAUGAGACGGACAGACAGAGGAAGGAGGCGCUGAGACAGAAGGUGAAGCAGUACGUGUCCCGCGCCGAGGAGCUCAAAGCCCUGGUGGCCUCCGAUAACAGAAUCAGCUUUGAGGAGCGCAGCUCUGCCAGAGACAUACUGAGAGAGAUGUCUCGGGACCAGCCUCGGCUGCUGGCUGCGCUGGAUCUGGCCUCUGCAGCCAUAGCCAAGGAGGAGAUGGGUGAGGAGGACUACGACACACUGGACCUGUACCAGCAAAGCCUGGGAGAAAUGCUGUUGGCGCUCGCAGCUGAAAACCAGGGCCGCAAGAGAGAGCUUCUGCACAGUGAGAUUAAAAGUCUUAUGACCAGAGCAGAGUACCUGAAGGAGAACAUGAAGAUGCGAGAGACACAGACGUACGUGUCAUUGGACCGAGAGCCGCUGUCUGAGUCUGUCAGAACAUCCUGCUGUCUCCAGUGACCAAAGCCUCUUCGCCAUGGUGACGGGAACAUUCUGAGUGCCAUCACCUCAAGCCUCACCUAUCCUGAAUCCCAGCCUGGCUUUGGACACCAGCAGACCUUCCUCUUGAGCCUGCUGGGUCUGUGCUCUGUGUUCUGUGAGCAGCACUUACGCUGACUAACUGUGGACUAGAUUUGGUUUAGUUUAGAACUGGGCUGAAUUGAUGUCCAUUAUAUCAAUUAUCCAUCAAUUAUCUAUGAAUACCAAGUAUUACGGUACGUUACCUCGACCAGUGCAAGCCCAAACUGUCUGGUAAACAUGCUGUCUGCUGUUUAAUGGGGCUCUUUUACUGUCAGUCUGGCGGGGGGAUGGGGUCCUCCUGCUGAAGAGGAUGCAGCGCAUGUAAACAGAAAGGGAACUACUUCAGUAGAUUUAAUGGGUCUUUGGAUCUCGUCUCCCUCUCACCACACACAUGCACAUACACACACGCACACUCUUUCUCACUGUCUCACACACACACACAUUUAUACGGUACACAUACACAAACUUUUUUUUUCUCUCACACACACAGUUACACCUUUUUUACCCACUUUUUGUUUAAACACAUUCUGUCUUUCUCCCUCAGUUGCAUACUCAUACUCUCUCUCUCUCUUGCUCACACACACACACACACACAC